UACUGGCCCUAGUGUCUCCAAACUCAAGGAUAGUCAUGUCUUACUUGGAUGAAGCCAAGGUUGGCCUGGGGUGACCUGAGGGACUGGGGCCUAUGUGUCAAUCUUUCCAGAAUCGCCCGGAACUGAUGACUGAGAGGGUAGAGUAUUUUGGUCUGGGAAAUAUAGACCACAGCGCAUGGUCCAGCACUGUCCAGAGCCCAAGGGACCCAUCGGGACCAUUGUUCUAUUCCCUUGCGGCUGCAGUUUUCUCUGCCUUGGCCCAGCCUGCCUCGCGCCAGCUCUGGCGUGGGACUACAAUGCGCUGCCUUGCCCUGGAGAAGGGUCCAGCUGGCAGCCUCGAUGCUCCCCGCCUUGAUAUAACGCUGCGCUCUCAAGUGGCAGGUCGGGUCCUCCCAGAAGACGCCAGAGAGCCACGGCGUUCCGCCCAGGAUUCUCUACGGCCUCGGGGCCACUAAGCCCCGCCCCUAGUUCCGCCCACCCGAGGAUUUGUCCAAUCCAGACGAAAUGUUUACGCUCCGCCCAAAGUUUUGUGUUGUCACUUCCGGUCUGCUCCAGGAAGUCGUGCUGCGGAGCCAAAUUUGAAGGCAGUGGAGGCGCGGGGGCGCGUCUGCGAAGCCGGACCUGUAGCAGUUUCUUUGGCUGCCUGGGCCCCUUGAGUCCAGCCAUCAUGCCUAUCCGUGCUCUGUGCACUAUCUGCUCCGACUUCUUCGAUCACUCCCGCGACGUGGCCGCCAUCCACUGCGGCCACACCUUCCACUUGCAGUGCCUAAUUCAGUGGUUCGAGACAGCACCAAGUCGGACCUGCCCACAGUGCCGAAUCCAGGUUGGCAAAAGAACCAUUAUCAAUAAGCUCUUCUUUGAUCUUGCCCAGGAGGAGGAGAAUGUCUUGGAUGCAGAAUUCUUAAAGAAUGAACUGGACAAUAUCAGAGCCCAACUUUCCCAGAAAGAGAAGGAGAAACGAGACAGCCAGGUCAUCAUCGACAAUCUGCGGGACACGCUGGAAGAACGCAAUGCUACUGUGGUAUCUCUGCAGCAGGCCUUGGGCAAGGCCGAGAUGCUGUGCUCUACACUGAAAAAGCAGAUGAAGUACUUGGAGCAGCAGCAGGAUGAGACCAAACAAGCGCAAGAGGAGGCCUGCCGACUCAGGAGCAAGAUGAAGACCAUGGAGCAGAUUGAGCUUCUACUCCAGAGCCAGCGCCCAGAGGUGGAGGAGAUGAUCCGAGACAUGGGUGUGGGACAGUCAGCGGUGGAACAGCUGGCUGUGUACUGUGUGUCUCUCAAGAAAGAGUACGAGAAUCUAAAAGAGGCACGGAAGGCCUCAGGGGAGCUGGCUGAGAAGCUGAGGAAGGAUUUGUUUUCCUCCAGAAGCAAGUUGCAGACAGUCUACUCUGAAUUGGAUCAGGCCAAGUUAGAACUGAAGUCAGCCCAGAAGGACUUACAGAGUGCUGACAAGGAAAUCAUGAGCCUGAAAAAGAAGCUAAUGAUGCUGCAGGAAACUUUGAACCUGCCACCAGUGGCCAAUGAGACUGUCGACCGCCUGGUUUUAGAGAGCCCAGCUCCUGUGGAGGUGAACCUGAAGCUCCGCCGGCCAUCCUUCAGUGAAGAUAUUGAUCUCAAUGCUACCUUUGAUGUGGAUACUCCCCCAGCCCGGCCCUCCAGCUCCCAGCAUGGUUACUCCAAAAAACUUUGCCUAGAGAAGUCACACUCCCCAAUUCAGGAUGUCCCCAAGAAGAUAUGCAAAGGCCCCAAGAAGGAGUCCCAGCUUUCACUGGGUGACCAGAGCUGUGCAGGAGAGCCAGAUGAGGAACUGGUUGGUGCCUUCCCUAUUUUUGUCCGGAAUGCCAUCCUGGGCCAGAAACAGCCCAAGAGGCCCAGGUCAGAGUCCUGUCGCAGCAAAGAUGUGGUAAGGACAGGCUUCGAUGGGCUCGGUGGCCGGACAAAAUUUAUCCAGCCUACUGACACAGCCGUGAUCCGCCCAUUGCCUGUUAAGCCCAAGACCAAGGCUAAGCAGAGAGUGAGGGUGAAGACAGUGCCUUCUCUCUCCCAGGCCAAGCUGGACACCUUCCUGUGGUCGUGAGAACAGUGAGUCUGACCAGUGGCCAGACACAUGCCUCCAACUUGUAGGAUUUAAGGACUGUCCAGGCAGGGGGUUUUGUGGGCAGAGCCCCACUUUCAGGACCAGCCUGAGGAGUAAGGGCAGACAAACAGGUGAGGGGGAGUGUGACACCCAGAGGCUGCUCUUCCUGCCCUCACCCUGCCCCACUCCCAUGACUGGGAGCUGACAUGACCAGCCCACUGAUCCUGUCAGCAGGGCCUGCUCCUGUUGCCAGGCUUCUGUUUAUAGCCAUGAUCAGAUGUGGUCAGACUCUUUCUGGGCCUGGAGACCACGGUCGCUUGUUGACUGUCUCUGUGGACCAGAGUACUUGAGGCAUCUCAGGCAGCCUCAGCCUGAGCUUCUACCUGCCUUUGACUUGCUGCUAGGCAUAGCCUGGGCCAAGCAGGUUGGGGAAUGGAGGAUAGAAUGGGAUGUAUGGAGAGUAUGGAAGAUUUUCAUGUAAAAUAAAAUUUAAAAAAAUAAUAAUAAUCUCUU